AUGGGUUCUUGUUCUUCUGUACAAAGAAACUCACUUUGUUCAACAACUGUUGAUAAGCUUGUGAUUCUCCCAUCACCCAUCAAAGAUAAACCCAAAAAUGAUAACUUUAUGAUCGAUCAUGUUUCUUCCAACACCUUUAAUGAUAGCAAAGACGAAGCGUUUUUUGAUUCCAAGGGAUGGUUAGACUCGGAUUGUGAAGACGAUUUCUAUAGCGUUAAUGGUGAUUUCACCCCAUCUCGGGGAACCACUCCAGUGCACCACUCAUUUGGGACCCCUGCCAUCAACAAAAACUCUUCUCUUCAUAUAGCUCCUGAACCGUCUGCAAAGAAAAAGAAUUUGUUAGAACUCUUCAGAGAAAGUGUGAGAGAAGUGCGAAAUGAUGAAGUAGGAAAAACUUUCAGCAAUGAAGAGAAACAAGUUAUACCAGUAAUUGUACAUGAUCUUACUAAAUCUGCACAAAGCACUCCUUAUAUCUCAGGUAGCAUUGAAAGAACCAUGAAUGAUGAAAAUGAAUCAGUUAAGCCCGUGCAGUGUUGCCUUCCGCGCUUGAGUAGCUUUAGCGAGAGGAGAAGGAAAGCUAGUCUUGAUAUAGCAGCAAAUGGAAAAGCUUGA